AUGGUGUUUGGCAUGUUCAAAACCCCUGCGGGGAACAAUGUCGAGACUGCGCAGGAGGAGGCUCCAAAGUUUGAGAGGGUAGUAUGGUACCGCGAGCCGGGCCUUCGCGCACUUUACUGGCAUGCAUUUAUCCUCUGCGUUUCGUCCGCAUCAACUGGAUAUGACGGCGUUACCUCGAUCACUAGAAUGUUUUUCAACUCUGUUCAGAAUUUUGAUAGCUGGACUGGGUUCUUCAACAACCCUCAGGGCGCCCGGCUAGGCCUCCUCGGUGCAUCAUAUCAGAUCGCGUCGGUCAUCUCUAUCCCCAUUGUGCCUUACAUCACAGAUAACUUUGGCCGGAAGCCAUCAAUCGCGUUGGGCUUUGUCAUUAUGACCAUUGGCGGAAUUCUCCAAGGCGCAUCCCAAAACUUUGGCGGUGGCCGUAUCCUGCUUGGUUUUGGGAACUCGUUUGCCCAAAUUGCCUCCCCUAUGUUGCUCACGGAAAUCUGCCAUCCUCAACACCGCGCUCGUAUGACCACGGUCUAUAACUGUCUGUGGAAUGCUGGGGCGUUCAUCGUCGCUUGGACGGCCUUUGGCACGGAUUUUAUCGGGAAUGAAUGGUCCUGGCGCAUACCCGCCAUUCUUCAAGGAGCGCCCUCCUUCUUUCAGCUCAUCUUUCUUUGGUGGAUUCCCGAGUCCCCUCGUUUCCUUAUCGCUAAGGAUCGUUGUGACGAAGCCCUGAAUAUCCUUGCAAAGUAUCACGCGAACGGUGACACCCAAAAUGCCACCGUCCAGUAUGAGUUCAAGGAAAUCCGCGACACCAUCAAACUCGAACAGAAGGCGAACAAUAGCUCUCGAUAUGUGGACUUCUUCAAAACAAAGGGAAACAGAUACCGUCUCAUGAUUCUGAUCUCUCUCGGUUUCUUCUCACAAUGGUCCGGCAACGCUAUCGUCUCUAACUAUAGCCGUGUUCUAUACCAGGCUGUUGGUAUCGACGACUCCACUUCGAGGCUUGGUUUAUCCGCUGGCCAAACAUCUAUGUCUUGCAUUGUUUCCCUAGCCUUUGCUAUGAUGGUUGAUAGAUGGGGACGCCGGCCUAUCUUUUUGCUCGCUACUGGUGGCAUGUGGAUGACAUUAAUUUUCUGGACCCUGUGUUUUGGACUUUACGAGGUUCACGGCAAGGCAGGUGCCGAUAUUGGUGUCAUCUUCUUUAUAUGGCUCUUCAGCUUCUUCUAUGCUACAGCUUGGUCCGGACUGCUCGUCGCGUAUGCUAUUGAGAUUCUGCCAUACUCUCUGCGUGGCAAGGGUCUCAUGAUACUCAAUGUCUGCAUCCAGGCAGCACUUGCUCUGAAUAACCAGGCAAAUCCAGUCGCAUUUGAAUUUUGGGAGGGUGAGACCUGGAAGCUCUACGUCAUCUACGUCGCUUGGGUCUUCCUUGAACUUCUCUUUGUAUACUUCAAAUACGUGGAAACUAAGGGUCCUACGCUUGAGGAGAUUGUUAAGAUCAUCGAUGGUCCGGAUGCUCAAGUUGCCGAAAUUGAUCUCGGUAACGUGAAUGACGAUAGGGCUAGUGAGAAGGAAGCGUCGGCCACUAUUGGCCAUAAGGAGUAG